AUGGAGGCCAGGAGGGAUCUGGAACUCAAGAACCAGACCUCCCUUGACCGCAGCGUUUGGAAUUGGUCCUCGGUUGGUGCCUUCAAUGAGGAUGAAGACCUUCAGAUGCCUUCUGACGUUGCCUUUGGCUUGCGGAAGACCAUCGUUGUGGUCUAUGCGUUGGUCUGUGCCAUGGGGCUGUUGGGAAACGCGUUGGUGAUGUACUUAAUCCGAGCCCAGAAGAUCCGCCCCGCGCCGACCAUUAAUAUCUUCGUCUUUGGCUUGGCGGCGGCCGACUUCCAGUUCUCCUUGACCCUUCCCUUUUGGGCAACCGAGAUGGCGCUGGACUUCAGCUGGCCCUUUGGCAUAACCUUAUGCAAGAUAGUCCCAUCGAUGACCGUCCUCAGUAUCUACACCAACGUCUUCUUGCUCACGGCCAUGAGUGUCGCUCGCUACCAGUUGGUGGCUUCAGCCAUCAAGGAUGGUUCCAGAAUCACAAUGAGUGUGGCCAAGUGGACAACGUUGGCUCUUUGGGUCUUAGCCAUGGGAGCCACCAUUCCGACCAUGAUCUACACCACUGUGGUGGACGUCCUUGGGGUGGAAAUCUGCGUUUUCAAGUUCCCGUCGCCGUCUUGGUUGGGCGCCUACCAACUCCAGAGGGUGGUCUUCACCUUCGUGGUGCCAUUAGUGGUCAUCUUGACCUCCUACCUGCUCCUCCUGAGGUUCCUCCACGUCCACCGUGUCUCCAGUGAGAACUCAAAGAGGCGGAAACAAGUCAUGGCUACGGUCGGCUUAGUGGUGGGGUGCUUCUUCGUCUGCUGGUUCCCCAACCACGCCGUGACCUUUUGGGGCAUCCUAAUCAAGUUCGAGGUGGUCUCUCUGGGGAAGGCCUUCUACGUCGUCCACACGUACUUUUUCCCCAUCUCCACUUGCUUGGCUCACACCAGCAGUUGCCUCAACCCGGUUCUAUACUGCCUGAUGCGUCAUGAGUUCCGGGAAGCCCUCAAAGACACCUUCCGGAGGUUCUCCUCCUCCGUGGCGAACUACCAGUACUUCUCUUCUCACCGGACGCUGGAGGAAGUCGUGGUCCUGCCCUUGAGCCACAGGAGUCCAAUCGAACAGUAG